CUUAUAGAGAAAUGGCAAAAUCUUCCCGAAUUCUACAAAAUUCCAAAGUACAGUGAACGAGGUCUUCUACCUCCAGAGGCUCAGAAGAAAGAACCAGAAGAUACAGCUAUGGACAUUGACACACCAAAAAAUUCGGAAACCUCCGAACCUAAAGUAGAAAGUCAAUUGACUUCCGACGAUUACUAUUUCUACGAGUCAGCGCAUGACUAUUAUGUCCGGUUCACAGAUAGUCAUUUUCCAUUUCAGAACCUUUCUCAAACGGAUUAUUGGGUCUCUCAAAAGCUCUCUCCUCAUAAACAAGCUAACGCAUCGUCAUCCGAAUAUACCCAUUGCUCAUCGUCCUAUUUAAAUGACCACCACAGCACUGAAUCUGGUUCUUCGCGGUAUAAAUAUGACAAGUGUGAUGUCUCAACGCGACGGUUACUAUAUUUAUAUGGUAAUUUAUCUGCGAUUGUGAGAGUCUUCAGAAAAAUAUUAUAA